AUGGGAUCUCUGUCCCCAGAACUACUCGAGGAGCAGCAUCGCGUGGCUUCAGAUAGCGCAAAUACGACAAAAACAGCAGAGCUAUGGCCCGAAAAGAAUGCGAGAGGAUACAAGCUAUUAGAGCAGCCGUAUGGGACAAUGAGACCCAUGCGUGUCAUAUUCAUCGGCGCUGGUGCAUCAGGAAUCUGCUUUUCCAAAUUUGCGGAGGACUCGCUAACCAACACAACUGUUCAAAUCUACGAGAAGAAUGCCGAUAUUGGUGGCACAUGGUUAGAGAACCGUUACCCUGGCUGUGCUUGCGACAUCCCAUCCAUGAGCUAUCAAUUCACCUGGGCCCGCAACCCCACGUGGUCGAAAUACUAUUCCAGUUCAACCGAGAUCUGGCAGUACCUGAACGACAUUGUGGAUAAAUACGGGUUAAGGUCGUAUAUGAAGUUUAACCAUACCGUGGUCAGCGCCACCUGGAAUAACGACGAUGCUCUGUGGUACAUUCGCAUCCAAGACUCAGAAGGCGUUGAAACUCUAGACACGUGCGACGUGCUUAUCAACGGGAGUGGCCACCUAAAUAACUGGCAGUGGCCGGAUAUCAAGGGGCUUCAUUCUUUCAAAGGAAGACUGCAGCACAGUGCUCAUUAUGACGAAAGCCUUGAUUUAACUGACAAACGUGUUGCUGUUAUUGGGAUGGGAAGUAGCGGAAUACAAAUCACUUCAGACCUUGGGCCAAAAGUCAAGAAACUCUACACCUGGAUACGCUCACCCACAUGGGUGACUGCUGGGUUCGCCCAAAAGUAUGCCGGACCUACCGGAGGAAAUUUCGAAUAUUCGCCGAAACAGAAGAAAAUGCUCGAAGAAAAUCCCGAGUUAAGUCUCAAAUACUCCAAGAUGGUAGAGGCAGAACUCAACAAGAGAUUCCAUUUCAUGAUCAAAGGCACGCCAGAAGCUGCCCAAGUCAGGCAGUACGCGGUCGAAGAAAUGACACGGCGGCUAUCUGGAAGAGAAGACUUGAUUGAGGCUAUGAUUCCGAAGACUUUUGGGGUGGGUUGUCGGCGACCCACGCCUGGGGAGGGGUUUCUUGAAGCGUUGACAAAGGAGCACGUUACCGUCUUCACACAGCAGUCAUUAGAGGUUGACGAGACCGGAUUUGUGGACAGCCAUGGAGUGCAUCACGAUGUCGAUGCAAUCAUCUGUGCUACCGGUUUCAACACAACGUGGAUCCCUAGAUUUCCCAUCGUGGCCAAUGGCCACAACGUUCAGGAUUUGUGGGCCCAAAAGAUCACAUCCUACCUUUCCAUCGGUGUUCCGCAUAUGCCUAAUUACUUCACCAUUAGCGGGCCAUACGGGCCUCAUGGCCUCGGCUCGUUCCUUUCUGUACUGGAAGUCAUCGUCGAGAAUUUUAUCAAGGUCAUCAAGAAAAUGCAACGAGAGAACAUUAAGUCGUUGACGCCGAAGUCACACCUCGCGGAAGCACUAACAGAGCACGCUGAACUGUUUCUGGCCAGGACCGCAUGGUCCAGCGGCUGUACGAGUUGGUUUAAACAGGGCCGGGCCGACGGACAGCUUUGCAUGUUUCCGGCAUCACGUCUUAUUUUCAUGGAGAUCAUGAAGGAGCCACGGUUUGAAGACUACGAUAUUGAGUAUAGGAGUAUGAAUCCAUGGGCCUUCUUUGGAAACGGCUUUAGCACUCGCCAAUUUGAUGGACGCGAUCUGUCCUAUUACCUCGGCAUGCUGCAGGAGGGAGAUGUGGAGCGGAACUUGGAGGGCGAUCUACAAGAAUUUAUCGCCGCGGCGGAUGCUUAG